ACCCUCCCCCCCCCCUCCCCCUCAUCCCGGAGAGGAUCGGAUAAGCGCCAUCAGGCAGCAAAGGCUCUGAGUAUCAGCCCUGCCCCCCCCCCCCCACGACAAUGGCCAGAUUGGAGCAAGUACUGAUCCUCGAUCCGCCCGUCGAGCUCAAAUUCAAAGGUCCAUUUACAGAUGUUGUGACUACAAAUCUCAAAUUGAAAAACCCAGCAGAUAGGAAAGUAUGCUUCAAAGUGAAGACUACAGCACCACGUCGGUACUGUGUUCGACCUAAUAGUGGGAUUAUUGACCCUGGAACAACGGUUACUGUUUCUGUAAUGCUGCAGCCAUUUGACUAUGAUCCCAAUGAGAAAAGCAAACACAAAUUCAUGGUACAGACAGUCUAUGCUCCUCCUGGUAUCACAGACAUGGAAGCAGUAUGGAAAGAUGCAAAGCCUGAAGAUCUUAUGGACUCUAAACUCAGAUGUGUCUUUGAGUUGCCUGCGGAGAAUGAGAAAUCGAAUGAUAUUGACGUGAAUAAAGCUGCUGCAGUAACGAAUGCACCUAAAUCAGAUGGACCGGCAAUGCCAAAAUCCGCCAGUAUUUCAAUGGAUGACACUGAAGUGCGGAAACUAGUUGAAGAAUGCAAGAGGCUUCAAGCUGAGUUGAUGAAAAUGACAGAUGAGAAUCGACAGCUGAAAGAUGAUGGACUGAGGCUGAGGAAGGCAGCUCAGUCAGGCAACCCAGUGUCUUCCACAUCUAGUGUUACACUCAGAGACAACGGCUCUACUGCUCUUCCCUCCCUCCUUGUUGUAAUUGCAGCCAUUUUCAUUGGAUUCUUUCUAGGAAAAUUCGUCUUGUAGAGGAAGCAUGUGAGUUGUUGAGGCCUGAAAUGUUCUGUUGAUCUGCCAUAUCAUUGGUAGUAUGGCUCACAGUGACCAUGUUUGUGUACAGCAUCUUACAGGCCUUGCCUUUAAUGAUCUCACAGUUAGAACACAAAUUACUUUCAGUUCUUGGAUAAUUGGAGUUGUACAUUGUCAAAUACGUCAAUAGCAGCUGUCUCACAGUUUUACAUAAAGGUCCUUGGAAAUAAUGAGUUGUUCUCUCUGUGGUUUAAUAAGAGUUGAAUGAAAUGUUAAGUGUCUUGUAAAUGUUAUUUUAAUCCUUUUAAAUUUUGUUACCUGUUGCUGGAUUACCUCUUGAAAUUCUUCAUUUUAUAGUCAGGUUGCUCAUGCCACUUGUUUACCAGUGAUGAAGGAUGUGCUGAAGAAAAGGUGCCUCCUUGUAAAUUACAAUGCCCCUCUCCCCUCCAUUCCUUGCUGCUGAAGGCUGAUGAGUUUAAAAAUGCAAAGAUAUUCCCUAGCUACAGAAACAUCUCACCCCCCCCACACUGUGAGACAAAUGUUGAUUGAAAAAUCUCCAUUCUUACCAAUCCUGUCCCAUGGUAUUUAACAAAAAUAAAAUCUUUAACACGUUAAA